AUGUUGGGUCACCUCAACCCGCAGAAUGUGAAGAGAGAGAGAGAGAGGAAGGAAUAUGGCCCUUGGAGGAUCAAUAAUGUAAAAUUAUCAAUGAAAAGACACGUACAAACGACAAGUAGAGGGUUUUCAAAGGAGCUUUUGGACAAUGACCAUAUGCCUGUGCCCCUUCCAUCAUUCGAGGAGACUUUAAGUUCAAAUCUUGUGACUGGGUUCUUCAGUGAAGAUCAUGGAGACAGAAUUGACCAACAUGAACAUGCACCUCCAACGUCAGUGUUUUUGAGGCGCGGGAAAAGACACCAUGCAAUGCAAAUAACAUCACUCAUUUCUCAAUAA